AGCCUUUUUGGCUCAAGCCUCUGCGGCUCAAAUAUCCACCCCUGGCCAGGCGGGGGCGGCGCCAUGCCCCGGGCUGGCCGCGCGGGGGCAUAGGCACUCCAUCCAGGAGUACUGCACACCACCUCCAUGACAGCACCGGGCGCCCUCCUCCUGGUACUGGGGCUGCCGCAGGCUUUCUGCGCCGCCCCUGCCUGCGCCGCUGGCGCUGUGCACUGCGACUCCCAGCUCAUCCAGACUCGGGUCCAGCCCGAGGAGGCCCCAAGGACCUGCCUCUGGACCGCAGGGGCUCACCAGGUCGCUGACGGUUCCAGUCGCGCGUCCGAGUGUGAACGGGACUGCGUCGAGCAGGACAAGGUCUGCCCCUUCGCCGAGGGCAGAUUCUGCUCCUGCGCGGAGGACUUCUUCCCGCCGCGGGGUGAGGGCGAGCUCGCUGCCAGCGUGGCCCUGGAAAACUCCUCCCGGGCGCGGCCGGUCAGGCGGUCUUCUGAGCGGCGGCAGGUGAGCUUCUUCGGACAGCGUGUGGUGGCGCCAGACGAGUGCCUCAGCAAAUUCACGAACAGUAGCACGUACACCGUCAUGAUCGUGUUUGCGGGGCGCAAGGCGACGAUGCAGGUCCUCCUGCGGUACGUGGACAAGAUGGUGCAUCAGUGCUCUGUUCACGAGGUGCACUUGUGGGACUACGCUCGGGACAAGCUCGACCACUACUGGAUGAAAGGCAUCGGUAAGAGGCGAAACGGCACCGAGGUACAGGUCAUGACCCACGGCCUGGACGGGCACGGGUGGGCCGAUGUGUACGAGUUCUACUCUUCAAAGAAAUCGGGUCCCGAGCGCCCUCGAUGGACGCCGCAGUCCACGCGGGCAACGCGGGAGAACACAGUGUUGGUGAAGGCAGAUGACGACAUUGUCUACAUAGAUACGUCUCGUUUCGAUUCUUAUGUGGAGUACAUCCGCACGCACCGCGAGAAGUUCAUUGUCCACGCCAACAUCGUGAACAACGGAAUCACCGCGUACUACCAGGCCAAGCACAUCCGGGAGCUCAAGGCUCGGAUCCACGGACUCGAAGAGUAUCCGCACGAGUAUGGUCAACCAGGCCUGUUCGGCCCACUUCUCCUCAACGGAGGCAGCCGCGCCUCAGACCUGCACCGGUAUUUCUUAGCUCACCGCCAGAAUUUCUCGUGGUCGGAGGGCUGCAUCGUCUACGGUAAGGAGGUUGCUGCCAGAUACGGGCAGCCCGGGCAGGGCCGCUUCUCCAUCAACUUCUUCGGCGCGCGUUGGGCGCAGUGGGACAACGUGCAUCGACUAGCUCUCAACCCAGAAGGGGACGAAGUCGGGAUCACUACCCAGGGCUCCGCGGAGGGUAAGGAGCAGUGCAUAUUCACCAGUUUCAACGUGUGUCAUUUCAGUUUCUUCACGCAAGCUGUAUCAUACGACGUUUAUCAAGCCUACGCGAAGCUAUCGAACCAGUGAACUGUGCAGAGGGGUCGGCGGCGUAUAUUCUCGGGCAUGGUUUCGCAUUGUGAGCGGCGACGCGGUCGGAGUAAAAUGGUAAUGUGUCGGCGGAUAUCUUCAAACCGUAGGCCCAGAGCUGCCGAUCCCUUUCCCAGGGC